AUGUCAGACCAGCCGACGGAUGCCAUUGACACGCCUUGUGCAAAUACGCCUACUGCCGACAAUCCCACCGACCAGCCUGCCACGGCUGAAGAUCCCCCUGCUUCCACGAUGGGACAUUCUGAAGCAACCCAUGCGGUUGAUAAGCACUCUCAGCAGAUGGAAGCUGAUGUUGAACCCACUCAGCAUGUGGAUGCUGAGCAGAGUACUGAGCAUGCUGACAAGCCCAGUGAGCAGUCUGGCUCACCCCAUGUGCCUGCUCAGCCUGCUGAUGCAGCUGGUGAGCACUCUCAGCAGAUGGAAGCUGAUGUUAAACCCACUCAGCAUGUGGAUGCUGAGAAGAGUACCGAGCAUGCUGACAAGCCUGCUGAGCAGUCUGGUGCACCCCACGUGUCCUCUCAGCCUCCUGAUGCAGCUGAUAAGCAGUCUCAGCAGAUGAAUAUUGAUAGUGCACCCACUCAGCAUGUGGAUGCCGAUCAGAUUGCGGAGCAUGUCGUCAAGCCUAAUGAGCAGUCUCAAGCACCGGACAAGCCAGCAGGUCCUGGCGAGGCUGUUGACACGCUUUCUGAGCAGCCGUUAGCAGCUGAGCCUGCUGAGAAGCCGUUAGCAGCUGAGCAUACCACAGCGCCUGUUACCACCGCACCGGAAACCACAGCACUGGUCACCUCAGCGCCUGUUACCGCCACUCCUGUUUCAACCCCAGCGAGCACGCGGCGUAGGAGCGCGAGGAGGCGAACAGAGGCAGAAGCAGUCGGUGGAUUGGCAGCAACAGGGGGAGCGACAGCAGCAGAGGGGGCGACAGCAGUAUUGGGAGCGGCGGCAGCAGGGGGGGCGACAGUAGUAGGGGGAGCGGCGGCAGCAGGGGGGGCGACAGUAGUAGGGGGAGCGGCGGCAGCAGGGGGGGCGCAAGGGGACAGAGCGGUAGGUGCAGUCGAGGGGUUGCUGCCAGGAGCGCUGCUCACGCCUGGUGGGAGGAGAAUGACUCUGGAGGUGCCUCAAAAGGCGCAAGGGGAUGGCGUGGCGGGUGCGGUAGAGGGGUUGCUGCCAGGAGCGCUGCUUACUCCUGGUGGGAGGAGGAUGACUCGUUCCAUGUGGAGGUCUCUUGGACUGAUGCCGGAAGGGGGGAGCGACAGUGACAGGAGCAGCAUGAGCGCUAGUGCUAGCGCUAGUGCGAGUGCGAGUGUGAGUGUGAGUUUGUCUGGGCUGAGGAGGGGAGGGGCGAGGAGGGGGAGAGGGGGGAGGCGGGGCGCUGGGAAGGCGGAUGGCGGGAGCGAGAGUGGGAUGAGCGCGGAAGGGGAGGGGGAAACGGAGGUGGAGAGUAAGGCGAAAGGGGCGGGGGGAGGGGCAGGGGGAGCGGAGGGAGUUGGGGGGGCGGGAGGUGAAGAGGGUGAAGGGGAAGGGAAGGGUUUGGUGUUGGAGAGGAUUAGUGAGUGGGAGGAGAGGAUAAUGGAGGUGGAAGAAGAGGAGCAGGAGGAGGAGGCGGUGCAUCGGGGGAAAGAGAGGGCCAAGGCCAGGGCUGAGGAGGAGAAGGAGGUGGGCAAGGCGACGGGGAAGGGGAAGGAGAAGGAGAAGGGGGAGGAGAAGGCUAGAAGCCCGAAGGCUGGGCGGAGGGGAGGUGGGAGGGGUAAGCAGGGGAGGACGAGUGAGGAGGAAGGGAGUGUGGCGGGAGGUGGGGGGGAGGAGGAGAGAGGAGGGGAUGAGGAUGGAGGGGGUGAAGGGGAGACGAGUAAUCGGAAGGAAAGUGUGGAGGGGAGGAAGGAGGGAGGGAUGGAUGAGGGAGAGGAGGGCGUGGGAGGAGAGAGGGAGAAGGGGCGGUGUGAGGAGGGGCAGAUGAAUGUCUAUGUGAGGAGGAGAAAGAGGGCAGGAGGCGUGGGGGAGGGCCAAGCGACACCGUCAGGAAGCAACGUGGAUGCUGCUAUGUGCCUCGAGACUAGCAACUCCGCUAUGCGCCAAGAGGCGGGUUCAGGGGGAGGAGUGAAGAACGUGGAUGCAGCACAAGUGAGCGGGGAAUAUGGGGAGGGAGGGGUGGGAGCAGAGGCAGGCGUGAGUGAAGGAGUGGUUGGGGAGAAAAAGGAGCUGGAGGCUGAUGGUGCUGCUGCUGCUGGUGGUGCUGGUUCUGGUGCCGGAUCUGGUGGUGUCGUUGCUGCUGCUGCUGCUAACGCUGGUGCUGCUGGUGCUGAUGCUGACGCUGGUGCUGCUGCUGCUGAUGCUGACGCGGCUGCUGCUGCUGCUGCUGCCAAGAGUGCAGGAGGCGGCAUGGUAGUGGAGUGUGACGAGCAGCUGGAGGAGGAGAGAGGAGAGGAGGUGGCUCCUGGUCCAGGGGGGACCGUGGCCUCUGGGGAGGUGGAGAGGGAGAGGAGGGAGGAGGCGAGGGAGGCAGAGGAGAGGGAGAAGGAGGUGAGAGAGAAAGAGGCGAGGGAGAACGAAGAGGCAGUGAGGGAGAAGUUGGAGGGGGAGAGGCGGGAGAAGGAAGCAGGAGCAAAAGAAGCGAGGGAGAAGGAGGCGCGAGAGAAAGAGGAAAGAGAGAAGGAAGAGGCGAUGAGGGAGGAGCUGGAGAGGGAGAGGCGGGAGAAGGAGGCAGCUGUGAGAGAGGUGCAGCGGAUGAGGGCGGAGAUGAAGUGGCAGAUGGAGCUGAUGCAGCAGCAGGUGGUGCGAGCUCGAAGGUAUUCGAGCUAUAAGAACUCUGUGCGCGCUGCCAUGGCCAUGGCUGCCCAACUGCGCCAAACGGCUAGAUCCAAGGUUGCCCGAGCUAAAGCUCUGGCGGAAGCUCGAAGCAGAACUCGGGCAGGUGAAUUUCCUGCAGCUGGGGAACCUGGGGGUUUGGGCAGGAAGAAACGAUCACCCGGUAAGCAGAGGAAAGGAAUGGAAGCGCCUCAAGUGCCUAAGCAGGGAAGGGUUGGAGAGGAGAGGCAAGGCUGGGAUAUAGUGACGGAUGAGGGAGAAGAGAAGGGCAAGAGGGCGGAUGUGGAAAGGGGAAAGAAGAUUCAGGCGGAAGGGAGGAAGCAGAAGGAAGAUUAUUCUGAGGAGGAGGAGGAAGAGGAAGCAGAUGCGCAGUGGGAAGAAGGGCCGGAGUGGGAGGAGGGGGGAGGGGAUGAGGAACGAGAGGAGGGAGAGGAGGAGGAAAGUGAGGAGGGAGAGGAGAGUGAGGAGGAUGGAAUUCCUUUGAUGCGCAGUGUGCAGCGGGAGGCAUCGUUCAAAUCCUGGGUGAAAGCCGACUCAAAGUCUUCAGGGGGUACUGCUGCUUACAGUGGAGGGGGGUUGAAAAUGAAUGCACCGGGGAGUGGGUGUGCGGGACAGGGGGGUGAAGAGGAGGGGGAGGUAGAUCUGAGGCAGGUGAAUCUGGCUGGUGCUCUAGACCGGGCGUGGGAGCAGGAUGAGGGGGAGGAGGAGGAGGUGGAGGAGAAGGCAAGGGGGAAGAGGAGGAAGAAGAGAGGGCGUGGGGGGAAUGGAGCAGAGGAGGGAGAGAGAGGGGGGAGUGAGUGGGCAGCGGAGGAAGGAGGAGAGGAAGGGGGACGGGAAGAAGCAAGGGAAGAUGGAGGAGAGGAGAGGGGAGAGGAGAGGGGAGAGGAGAGGGGAGAGGAGAGGGGAGAGGAGAGGGGAGAGAGCGAUAGUGGGAGUAGUUCUGAGGGAGGUGGGAGUGCGGUGAGCACGCGGGGAUCGUCGGAUUCACCAGGAUCGGACGGUGGAGAGGGGUUUAGCUUUGAUGACGUGGUGACACGGGCUGGGAUUCUAGAGGAUGGUGGGAUGAAGCGUUUGGGUCUCGGGGCACGGGUGGAGGGAGAGAGUGACCAAGCGAGAAUGCAUGAGAAAGAUGGUGGUGGGCUGAAUAAGGGUCUAGAGGUGGGAAUCAAGGGGGCUGCUGGUGGUGGGUUGGGAGAAGGAGGGGAGGGGAGGGGUGUGGAGGUGGAGGGGGGUGAUGAGAGAGAGGAGGGGGAGGUGGAUGAAGGGGAAGAGGGAGAAGAAGGAGAGGAGGCAGGUGAGUGGGAGGGAAGGAGGGGAGAUGUGGGAGAGGAGGGAGAGGAAGGAGAGGCUGGUGUGGGUGGAGAGGAGGUAGGUGUGGGAGAGAGGGGAAGAGAGGGGGAGAAAGCGAGCCGUAAGAGGGAGAAAGGGGCCGGUGUGGAGGGAAAGGUGCCUGAUGCUAGGAAGGGGGAAGUUAUGACUGGGAUGAAGCGGAAAGGGGAAGGAGAGGUGGAGGAGUUGAAGGUGAAAGGGAGGAAGAGGAAGGCGGGGGAAAAGGGGGAUGCUGUUACGACCGUCGCUGCGGUGCCGCUGCGAGACUUUCGCGGCAGCAGGCGAAUUGGGGUUACCACCCGCGCGAGUGAGGUUGAGAUUCUAGCACCGGGGGCUGAUGGCAGCAACAGCAACAACCCGCCUCUUCCCGUGGCGGGGAUUUUCGGCGACCUUCAGAGCCCAGCGGCCUCAGACUAUUCCAUGUUCGUGCAAGCCAUGGCAUCCCUUCAGCCCCCCAUGGACUAUGUCGCUUUCCUCAACGGGGCUGUGGGCAUGGCAAACGGCAUCACCAUCCUCGCACCCUCUAGUGCCGCCUUCCAGAUCCUCGGCCCAUACACUUCAUGCCUCGCCAAUUACACCCGGUCCGGGCCCAUGCUAGCCAUCCUUCUCAACCACCACAUCCUCCACGGAAACUUCCCACAAUCUGCGCUCUUUGACGGGCGGCGAUAUUUCACCCUUGCUAACACCAAUGUGCUUGUGACCCGGGCGGCAACAGCGGUGACUGUGGAGGGCGCGAGGGUGGUUGAGCCGAAUAAAUUCGCAGGGUAUAACGGCAUCGUUCAUGGAAUAGACCGGGUUUUGUUUCCGCCAGGGAUAACUUCCUCGCUGUACACCAUCUGCAACCAGACUGGGCAGGGUCUGGCAGUGUAG